AAUGCCACUGGCACAACUUGCAGAUCCAUGGAGGCGGAUGGAGAUGGUCCACGAAGCAGAGGCUGCCUCUACCGAAGACAUGCUUGUGGACGAGCAGAAUGACAAUGAAAUGGACAGAGAGAUUGAUGUUACCAAUCUUAUGAGGGAUGGAGAAAGAGUAUCAGCAUCUGACUUCGAACUUUUGAAAGUGCUGGGACAGGGGUCCUUUGGAAAGGUGUUUUUGGUGAGAAAGGUAACAGGAAGUGAUAGUGGUGGACUCUAUGCAAUGAAAGUGUUGAAGAAAGCAACACUUAAAGUUCGAGAUAGACAGCGGACAAAGAUGGAAAGGGACAUUCUAGCUGAUGUUAAUCACCCUUUUAUAGUAAAAUUGGAUUAUGCAUUCCAAACGGAGGGCAAACUCUACUUGAUACUGGAGUUCCUGCGAGGAGGUGACCUCUUCACACGUCUGUCCAAGGAGGUGAUGUUUACAGAGGAAGAUGUCAAAUUUUACCUGGCUGAAUUAGCACUAGCUCUGGACCACCUCCACUCUUUAGGCAUUGUCUACAGGGACCUCAAACCAGAGAACAUAUUACUAGACACAGAUGGCCAUAUCAAAUUGACAGACUUUGGGCUCAGUAAGGAGUCAAUAUUCGAUGAGAAGAAAACCUAUUCCUUCUGUGGAACAGUUGAGUAUAUGGCUCCAGAAGUUGUCAACAGGAAAGGUCAUGGUACAGCUGCUGAUUGGUGGUCUUAUGGUGUCCUGAUGUUUGAAAUGCUGACAGGUGCAUUGCCGUUUCAAGGAUCAAAUAGGAAAGAGACAAUGACUCAAAUUUUGAAAGCAAAACUAGGAAUGCCACCAUUUUUAUCCCCUGAAGCACAAUCAUUACUCAGAGCUCUAUUUAAACGGAAUCCACAAAACAGAUUGGGAAUGGGAGCCAAUGGUAUUGAAGACAUAAAAAAACAGCCCUUUUUCUCGACCAUAGACUUUGAUAGACUGAUGACAAGGAAAAUUAACCCACCAUUCAAACCAGCUGUUGUACAGACAGAUGAUGCAUUCUACUUUGAUACAGAAUUUACUUCCAGAACACCUAAAGAUUCCCCAGGAAUUCCUCCAAGUGCAACAGCCCAUGAACUGUUCCGUGGCUUUAGUUUUGUAGCACCUGCAUUACUACAUGACAACUCCGAAAUCCCUCAUCCGUUAGAUAAUGAAGUUAGCCUUAAAAAGUUGCCAGGUGUGAAGUCCAUUCAGUUUUCCGAUGAAUAUGAAAUGAAAGAGGAUAUUGGUAUAGGGUCCUAUUCUGUAUGCAAACGCUGUAUCCACAAGCUGACAGGAGGCAGCUUUGCUGUAAAAAUCAUGGACAAAGAGAAGAGGGACCCCUCCGAAGAGGUGGAAAUUUUGCUCAGAUUUGGCCACCAUCCAAACAUCAUUUCUUUGCGGGAUGUUUUUGAUAACGGGAACAAAGUAUACAUGGUAACAGAACUAAUGCAAGGUGGAGAACUGCUAGAUAAAAUUCUCAGACAACGAUUCUUUUCUGAAAGAGAAGCCAGUGCUGUGUUACAAGUUGUAGCAAAAACUGUGGAAUAUCUACAUUCAAAUGGCGUUGUACAUAGAGACUUAAAACCAUCCAAUAUAUUGUAUGCUGAUGAGAGUGGGUCACCUGACAGUCUUCGGAUAUGUGACUUCGGUUUUGCUAAGCAGCUAAGAGCAGAUAAUGGUCUCCUAAUGACUCCCUGCUAUACAGCUAAUUUUGUUGCACCAGAGGUACUGAAGCGUCAAGGAUAUGAUGCAGCCUGUGAUAUAUGGAGUUUGGGUGUACUGCUGUAUACUAUGCUGGCAGGUCACACACCAUUUGCAAAUGGUCCCAAGGACACACCUAAUGACAUCCUGUCGAGGAUUGGCACUGGUAAAUUUACAUUAUCUGGAGGAAACUGGGAUUCUGUGUCACCAGCAGCAAAGGAUCUUGUACAGAAAAUGCUUCAUGUUGAUCCUCAGAGUCGACUGACAGCCACACAAGUGCUCAACAACUCCUGGAUUGCCCACAGAGAAACACUGCCCCACCUACGACUUACACUUCAGGAUGCUCAAUUAGUUAAGGGAGCGAUGCAUGCCACAUUUGAGGCACUAAAAGAACAGCCAAAGCCUGUGUUAGAACCAGUUGGAGCCUCAAUUCUGGCUCAAAGGAGGGGAAAAAACAGACCAAAAAGUUCCACAGCUGUGUGAUCCUUGUCUGAAUGUUAUUUCAGGACUGCAAUCUCACACUUUUGUCAUGAAUUCAGACCAGUCAAGUUCAUUCUGGAAAGCUUGGCUCUCACUGCAGGACACUUAGACUUUCAUCUGCAUUAUCACUUGUUUGUAUUUUGAUAUCAUUGAAAACAAUAUUUUAAGUUAUGUUUACUUGUGCAGGACACUUCACCAGUUUAAUCGAUGGCAAGUUAUUAUCUUCAAAUGGUGUCUCUGCUAUUUUUGUACAAAGUAAUUUGUCAAACCUCGUCUGUUCUUUAAUCCCCUCAGAUCACCAUUCCCAAGCACUCCCUUUUAAAUCCCCUCUUGCCUGAAAGAUAAUACUUAAUAAUGACAGGUUUGAAGUUAAUUUCUAACCUGAUAGACAAUAUAACAGUAUAGUGGGGAAAAACGUCAGCUGUGAACUUGUUCUCCCAGUGCUAAAUUCUCCCAAAGAUUUAUGAAAACAUAGCUUUAACUUCUAAACUACAAUAUUGAAAUUUUUGGCUCACCUGGCCUGAAGGACCAAGUGUGUUAUUGGCAUACUGUGGUGUCUGUCAUCCGCCUGUCAGCUUUCUACGUAACACCACCUAUCUUGAAUGAUUAAGCUGAUUUUGACCAAAUUUUGUCAGAAACAUCCUUGGGGGAAGUAGCAUAAAUUUUGCAUAAAUGAUGGUUCUCAAUCCCCAGUUGCAUAAGGGAUGAGACUCAAAAGGUUUUGCUCCUCCCGCUGGGCUCAAUAGGGAAAUUGCACAAAUUCUUUAAAAUCCUACUCCUCAUGAAGGAAUAUAUAGAUAAUAUAAAUUUUAUUUUACAACAAUUGCAAAGCAAGUUUAUCCAACUUAUGUUAAUCACUCUUGUUGGCCUGGAAUAAUUGGAAGGAAUAAUUGGAUUUUGUCCAAAUUUGGUCUGAAGAUUUUUUAGGUGAAGGAUAAUCAAUUUUGUAUAAGCAGUGUGUCUCGUCCCCAGGAAUGGAACCCAACAAGGAAAAUAGAGCAAAUUCUUUAAUAAUCCUAUUCCUGUUGUAGGAAUGUUUGGAUUUUGGAUCUGAAACAUUCUUGGUUGAAGGUAAGCAUUUUGUGUAACCUUUGGGUCUCCGCCCCCAAGAGAGGGAGGAGUGGGGCCCAAUAUUGGAAAUAGGGCAAAUUCUUUAGUAUUUUACUCUCCUGUAGAAUUGUUUUGGCCUGAAGUAUAAAUGGUUUGGCUAACCCCUUAAGGACAGAGGGUUGGGGUUCGAUAGGAAAAUAGAUGUUUUGUGUCAUGUGCUUGAAUAUUUAAGAUUCCCUUUCCUUCAGUUAAAUGAAGCAAUUUCAGCCAAGCAAAUUUAGGUGAGUUAUACAGGCCCUAUGGGCCUCUUAUUAGCUUUACUAAAACGCAAAUUAAACAUAUCAAAGUGUUCACAUGUGUAAAUUCUUACCAUCACCAUAAGUAGCUGCAAACUCUUGACCAACAUGGUUAGAAGAUUAAUUUAUUGAUCGUAUGAUAUCACACCUGGAUCUUUGUAUGACCUGUAAGUGAUACUAUGACCUCACAUGUAUGAUAUCACACCUGGAUCUUUGUAUGACCUGUAAGUGAUACUAUGACCUCACAUGUAUGAUAUCACACCUGGAUCUUUGUAUGACCUGUAAGUGAUACUAUGAUCUCACAUGUAUGAUAUCACACCUGGAUCUUUGUAUGACCUCUAAGUGAUACUAUGAUCUCACAUGUAUGAUAUCACACCUGGUUGUUUGUGUGACCUGUAAGUGAUACUAUGAUCUCACAUGUAUGAUAUCAUACCUGGAUGUUUGUGUGACCUGUAAGUGAUACUAUGAUCUCACAUGUAUGAUAUCACACCUGGAUGUUUGUGUGACCUGUAAGUGAUACUAUGACCUCACAUGUAUGAUAUCACACCUGGAUCUUUGUAUGACCUGUAAGUGAUACUAUGACCUCACAAGUGAUAUGGUCAAGUUGAUCUUACAUGGGCAUGCAUGAUAACUCUGUGUAGGAUUGUGGACACUACUGACAGAUAUGAUAUCACUGUGUAGGAUUGUGGACAGACAAAUAUGAUAUUACUGUAUAGGAUUGUGGACAGACAGAUAUGAUAUCACUGUAGGAUUGUGGACAGACAGAUAUGAUAUCACUGUGUAGGAUUGUGGACAGACAGAUAUGAUAUCACUGUGUAGGAUUGUGGACAUACAGAUAUGAUAUCAUUGUGUAGGAUUGUGGACAGACAGAUAUGAUAUCACUGUGUAGGAUUGUGGACACUACUGACAGAUAUGAUAUCACUGUGUAGGAUUGUGGACAGACAGAUAUGAUAUCACUGUAGGAUUGUGGACAGACAGAUAUGAUAUUACUGUGUAGGAUUGUGGACAGACAGAUAUGAUAUCAUUAUGUAGGAUUGUGGACAGACAGAUAUGAUAUCAUUGUGUGGGAUUGUGAACAUUACUGACAGAUAUGAUAUCACUGUAUAGGAUUGUGGACAGACAAAUAUGAUAUCACUGUGUCGGAUUGUGGACAAACAGAUAUGAUAUCAUUGUGUAGGAUUGUGGACAGACAAAUAUGAUAUUACUGUAGGAUUGUGGACAGACAGAUAUGAUAUCAUUGUGUAGGAUUGUGGACAGAGAGUUAUGAUAUCACUGUAGGAUUGUGGACAGACAGAUAUGAUAUCAUUGUGUAGGAUUGUGGACAGAGAGAUAUGAUAUCACUGUAGGAUUGUGGACAGACAGAUAUGAUAUCACUGUGUAGGAUUGUGGACAGACAGAUAUGAUAUCACUGUAUAGGAUUGUGGACAGACAGAUAUGAUAUCAUUGUGUAGGAUUGUGGACACUACUGACAGAUAUGAUAUCACUGUGUAGGAUUGUGGACAGACAGAUAUGAUAUCACUGUAGGAUUGUGGACAGACAGAUAUGAUAUUACUGUGUAGGAUUGUGGACAGACAGAUAUGAUAUCAUUGUGUAGGAUUGUGGACACUACUGACAGAUAUGAUAUCACUGUGUAGGAUUGUGGACAGAGAGAUAUGAUAUCACUGUAGGAUUGUGGACAAACAGAUAUGAUAUCACUGUGUAGGAUUGUGGACACUACUGACAGAUAUGAUAUCGCUGUGUAGGAUUUUCGACACCACUGACAGAUAUAUCGCUGUGUAGGAUUUUCGACACCACUGACAGAUAUGAUAUCACUGUGUAGGAUUUUCGACACCACUGACAGAUAUAUCGCUGUGUAGGAUUUUCGACACCACUGACAGAAUAUCCUCUUUAUUAGUUUUGGAGUUACAUGAACCAAACAACAUAAUAAAACAUCAACAGAUGGUCACUUAUUCAGCAAUCUCUAAAAUGGAAGGUACAUCUUUAUCAAUAUAGAAUGACUUCGAUUUAUAAAGAGGGUUAAUGAUAAAUCCAGGAUCCAGUUAAAUACCUGGUUUCAAAUGAUUCAUGUUUAAUUCUCAAACAAAUGGGAGAAUGAAAGGCUAUCACUAUUAAGUUUUUUUCAAAUGAAGACCUUGAUUGAUAUUCAAAGGUACAGGAUUCAAAUUUGUUAAAAUCUGUUUUUAAGUAUUUCACUUACAACGGACUGCAAUUAGUGUGUGUUACCCUGCAGUUUCUUCAUCGUUCUGUAGUGAAGUCAUAAGUUACCAUAUGCAUUUAAAAUAUUGUUAUUUUCAUAUGAAUACAGCUAGAAAAGUAUUUCAUGAUGGAAAUGAUGAAUAAUUCUGAGAAAAUUGUUAACUCUAGUUAGUGUUUACAUUCAGAUUCCAAUGUUGUGUCCUGCUUAAAGUGCAAAGGCAAAAAAUAGGCUGGAAAAGCUAAUUUUCAACAAUGUUAAAUAAGCACAUGAUUUUGAUGGAAAAUAACAAAUGUCAGAUUAUAAAAAUCCAGAUCUAAGUAAAAAUAUCCAAUUUUUUAUGUGAGACUCUGUCAAUAUUUAAGACAAAUCUCGUGUAAAAUGUCACUUAUUGGUGAUGAGUGAUAUUGGUUUUCCAACAAAAACUCAUCACAAUCUAGGUAAGUUUUGAACUUGGACAAGCAGAGAGUGAAAUAUAUUUUAGAAUGUUAUCUCUUAUGCUGAUGUUUUGUAUCGUAUGUUAUCCUGUAGCAUGGAAAAUGCUCUUUGAUGUGGGGUGAACUACAAAAGUUCUUUUUUUUAAUCAAAUUCUCAUUUAAAAUACCCAUGUACCUCUUAAAAAUCAGUACUCCUCAUCAAUGCCAAUAACACUAAAAAGCUUCAUGCUUCUCACUGGUUGCUAACAGAUAGAUGUAUAAGAUUAUAGUGUACCUGUAACACAGUAGUAUAUAUAAACAUGAAUACUUAAUUGAGUAAUACAUUUUAUAAUUUGUGUACAUACAAUUAAUGGAGUGAGUUUAACGCUAGUUGCGAGGUUGUGUGCAGGAAUGAAUGAUAAAUUUUAUAUUAGGUGUAAAUCUUGAUGCUAUAAACUUAUCUUUGUUCAUCAAUAUAUUUUCCCCCCAUUUUCUACUCAUUUACAAAGGCUUUUUCUUUGGGCAAUUUUUUGUACAUUUAACCAUCUUGAAACUUUAUAGAAGAACCUGUUGUUAAUUGUGACUUAUAUUGUUGACAUGUUAUGAUACACAACUUUGUUGAAGAAAAUUCACAACUGUAUGCAUUCUGUGAAUUUUUGUUUUUUAUUUCAUGAUUGUUGUACCCAACAUUACAUAUUUACUAAUGUUAUUGGCUCUUCUCGUGUACCUGAUAAUUUACCAUUUCGCAGUGAAUUCUGAAUGGGUUGAUAUAUAAAGGAUAGAAGCUCAUUAUCUGCACUCAAACAAGCUGAAAGGCAUUUUGUUUCCGCCAAAAUUAAUAUACUGGUUAUAUUGUUUAUACUCUUUGUUACAAAUUGUAAAAUUAUUAUGAGUUUAGCUCCUCUGGCCUAAAGGUUCAAGUGAGCUAUAGGGAUACUGCAGUGUCCAUUGUCUGUCAAAUUUUGGUGAUCGUCGUUUGUCUUGUGUCAUAAAGAACAUUUUCAACUUCUGGAAAACUCUUGCACCAAUUUCAGUGAGUUUUAAUAAAACCUUCCAUGGAUAAUGGCACAUCAGAAUUGUAAAUUAAAUGGUUCCCAACCCUCAGGGGCCUGAGGGGCGAUGCCAAAUGAGUAAAAUUGAUUGAAUCGUCAAAAAUCUUAGUAUAGUAGAAUCAAAUAAAGGCCUUCAGAUGUUUUACCAAAAGUGUAAAUUUCAUGAUCCCAGGUUCUCACAUUUCCCUCUGGGGAGGGGGUAAAAUUUACUGUAGUUUAUAUAGGGAAAUUACAUUUGUCAGUGUCAUUUCUUUUGAUUCAACCUUGGAUAAAAGCUUUAGCAUGGGACAGUUAAUGUUGUGCACAGUUAACCUUUGCAUAAUGUGUACAUUGUAGUCAUAGUUAUCUUACUUUUUCUAACAAAAUUAUUUCUUUGACAUGUUACAAGAAGCAUUUAAACUCCAGUGACCAUUAAGACCUUUGGGCUUUUUGUUUUACAACUGAGAGGAUGCUGACCAAAUUUGGUCAGAAGCAUCCUUAAGGAAAGUUGACUAUAUUUUUUUAUAAAUGGUGUUUGAAGGUCCUUGCCAAAGGUCCGAAGUGCUAGGCCUAAAAGGGGAAAUAGAGUAAAUUCUUUAAAAUCCUACUACUCUUGUAGGAGUGAUUUGAUUUGGCCAAAUUUGAUCUGAAUCAUGCUUGGUAAAUGGGAAUAUAUUUUGUUUAAACAGUGGGUAUCAGCCCCUUGGGACAUGACGGGCAGGGCCUAAUAGAGAAAGAGCAAAUUCUUUAAAAUCCUAUUCUUCUUGUAGGUAUGAUGGCAUUUUAACCAAAUGUGGUAUGUAGCAUUUUUAAGUGAAGGGGAAUCAAUUCUUGUAAAAAUGGUGGGUUUUAGCCCCCUAGGGUAGAAGUGAAGGGACUAAAUUUUGGAAAUGUGUUAUAUCUUUGAAACAAUUUAGAUCCUCAUCCCACCAUCAUAUUGAGAAUUGCUUGGCAUCAAGAGAUUAACACAUGCAUCAUGUAUAAAUUGUACCUUGGGUGUGGCACACCUCAGUGGACAUCAUUUCUAGGUAAUUUUUUUUUUUCUACAUAGUUAAGGUACCAACUCAAUAGCCUCAUAAACUUUUGCUGGGUUUCAAAGGAGAAAAACAGACAUGAUAUAAGAUUUUACCUAUUGGUCUUGCCCCAUUAAAGAAUUUGGAAAUAUUUGAAAUACCCAACCUAUAGGCAUAUAUACCAUUGCUGGACUAUUGCUUGGAUCUAGGUGAGCAAUACAGGUCCUUUUGUCCUCUUGUUAUGUAGUGUCCUAUCUUCAUCUCACAUGACCUGACUGUUUGUGUCCCAAUCUACAUAUCACAUGACACUGACUGUAUCCCCUUCUACACCUCGUUUGACUGUUUGUGUCCCCAUCUACAUCUUGUAUGACUGUGUCCCCGUCUACAUAUCACAUGACCCUGACUGUUUUGUGUAACAUUCUACAUCUCACAUGAUGACUCUGACUGUGUGUGUCCCAUUCUACAUCUCACAUGACCCUGACUGUUUUGUGUCCCAUUCUACAUCUCAAAUGACCCUGACUGUUUGUGUCCCAUUCUACAUCUCACAUGACCCUGACUGUUUGUGUCCCAUUCUACAUCUCACAUGACCCUGUUUAUUUGUGUCCCAUUCUACAUCUCACAUGACCCUGACUGUUUGUGUCCCAUUCUACAUCUCACAUGACCCUGUUUAUUUGUGUCCCAUUCUACAUCUCACAUGACCCUGACUGUUUGUGUCCCAUUCUACAUCUCACAUUACCCUGUUUGUUUGUGUCCCCUUCUGCUCACUAUUAUGAGCUUGUCAUGGUUUUUUUUAAUAUGACAGUGAAGUAAUCUUCAUCUUAUGUUUAAAUUGAUCAAAGUGGUUGGUUUUUGCUUUAAAAUGUUAAAUGUUUUUUAUAUAAAGUAAGUAUUCAUAACAGUUAAGUGUAUGUCUGUACACUUGUACCAGUGGAACUUGGUAUAAACAUGUACACUUGUACCAGUGAAACUUGGUAUAAACAUGUACACUUGUACCAGUGAAACUUGGUAUAAACAUGUACACUUGUACCAGUGAAACUUGGUAUAAACAUGUACAGUUGUACCAGUGAAACUUGGUAUAAACAUGUACACUUGUACCAGUGAAACUUGGUAUAAACAUGUACACUUGUACCAGUGAAACUUGGUAUAAACAUGUACACCUGUACCAGUGAAACUUGGUAUAAACAUGUACACCUGUACCAGUGAAACUUGGUAUAAACAUGUACAGUUGUACCAGUGAAACUUGGUAUAAACAUGUACAGUUGUACCAGUGAAAUUUGGUAUAAACAUGUACACUUGUACCAGUGGAACUGGGUAUAAACAUGUACACUUGUACCAGUGGAACUGGGUAUAAACAUGUACAGUUGUACCAGUGGAACUGGGUAUAAACAUGUACAGUUGUACCAGUGGAACUGGGUAUAAAUUGCGAAGCCCUGUGAAACUCGGCUUACAAUGUAUAUUUAAGUUGAUUUCUAUCCUAUAUUCAUGAGCCUCUUUCUGAAAUUAAAAUAACAAAAGUAGAUCAUGCAUUUUUCUUAUAAAUUUGUUAUCCUUAUAAUAUACAACUAGGACUUCCACACAGUAUUGUAUGACUACGGAGGUAGUUUAUGAUUUUUGUUGUGUCUAUAUAGUGGUUGUACUAGAUUUAUCAAGUCUGGCAAGAUUUGUUUAAAGGAUCAUGGCUGUUAAGUGGUUUAUCAACACCUGGCAUUGCAUUCAUUUGUUAUCCAACAGUCACCCCAUAACUUUAUUACAGUGACUUCUUUGUCAACAAUGCUAACAUAUCUUUCUGCUCAGGUGAUGUAGUAAUCAUACAAACAGCCUUCAUCAGAUUGAUAGAGAAAUGUUUUGGAGGAGAGAUAUGUAUCCUAGAUAUAUUACACCAGAAAUUUGUUUACAAAGCUGUCUAGUAAACACAUCAAAUAAGAUAUUGUCAACUUUUCAAGAAUGUCAACUUUUUCAACAUUACGUAUCUUUACAGUUGUACAUAUAUGCAAGUACUAGGAAAGCUUUAACAUCUUUUCAAUAAUAAGUGUCAGUGUAGUCCACAUAAUUGUAUUGUUAUAUUUUUUCUUAUUUAAUCAAAACUGAUACAAAUAUCAUCAGUGUUAAUGAAUAUUGUAAUACCAUUGAUGACCCUAUGGACAUUUAUAUAUACUUCAUGAAAGAUAACUUUGUAGUGCUCAUAUUUUUCUAUAAAAAAUAAACAAUUAUUAAAAA